AUGGCUCGCCGCGGCAAAACUGCCGCAAAAUCGAACCCGUCACGCUCGGAUUGUUCUUCUACUUCUAAUUCGCUCAGCCGCCGGCCCAGCAGCGGUGACGUGAAAACGGAUCUGCUCCAAGCACUGUCUGCGAUUGCGGCCCAGCACGUUAAUGCAGGCUCGAUUCCACUAGCGGCGGCUUUGCAAGCCGAUCUUAAAGACGUGUUACGCAGGUGGAAGCAAGAGCAUGCGUCCGAUCUCCAAAAGAACGACAAGUACGUGUACCCCCUGGAGGGACGAUACGACGCCGGCGAGAGCAGCAUCGAAAACGUGGCCAGGAGCAGCCGUGAUCCUCGCAUUGAUAUCUCCUUGGAAGUGGGGAACCUGAGCGGAGCAGACGAGGCUGUUGUGAGGGCGCUGCAGAGCAUCUGCAACGAACUUGGCUUCGCUAUCUUCUUGGCCAGCGUGGAGCGCGCCAGGAAGACGCUCGACGAGGAGGUCUUAGAUGAGGCUGUCAGGCUCGUGAGGGUAUUCUUGCUCGAUGGCGGGCGCGUCGCGGAGCAUGUUGUGUUGAGCCCAAAGAACGAGGGCAGUUUUCUUUUGAACCAGUACAAGCAGAAAACCUCCAGCACCUUUUGGGUCGCCGGUGGGUUCUUUGCGCCCCCGGUAUCGGCAAGAAUGGUGGAGCUUCUUACAGUUCUUGGGAAACGAUGCGAGAAGACACCAUCUGACAGUCACGCGGCUCAUACGCUGAUGGUCGUUUGCCAUGAAGCACUUGCGCAUGCUCAGAAAGAGAAGGAAUCUCGUAGGGGAUGGGGAAGCGAGACGGUUGAGAUAAAGGAAGACGCGCUUGCAGGCGCUAUAAUUACUUCCAGCAUCGCGCUAGACGACUCGUCUUUGUUCCGGGAAGUCACUUCUGUAAUGACCGGCAAGCUUCCGACAGAGACCUUGGUGAGAGUUGGAGAAUGGAUUGGGCGAGGAGGAGUUGAUUUCUCUCUGAUCUGCGAACGCCUCCAACAUCUACUUCCCCGGAAGUUGAUCAUCUACGAAUGGGCUGCAGCUAUCUCCGCACUAGAAGGCCAGGGUCAAGAAGAGGUACCAGCAGAGUUAUCUGCAUGGAUCGAGCUGCAGCUACUGGAACUCUUUGGUCAGGUACCAAAGCUCUAUGUUGAGGACGGCCCCGCCUUGGCAACCGUUCUCACCCCGCGAAGGCUGAAAGAUAUCGUUUCUGUCAUGGAGAAGUUUGCCGGAACAACUCCAGCUCUGAUCAGCUUCCUGCUCGCCAUCCACAGCAAAGAGAUGCCCAUCUCCGAAGAGACAAGGCAGGCAGCCUUCAAAGCCGUGUUUGCCACGAUGCUCGCCAGCUUCGAUAUCACGCAGGAUCCCAAGGACGUCCGAAUGAAGGCCAAUGAGCAGCCCUAUCGACCACGGUCCCUGGACCCUCCUCCGAAGCCGCCACGCAUUCCAUGUCUUGACAGCGACUCCCUUGUCCAACUGACGAUGCACGUCAUCGAAGAUGACACGCUACGUCACGAGCUCUCCCUUUUCACGAGCCAAUUCGGGGCGCAGACCACCCGCAUCAACCCCCUCGAUUUCGAGUCGCUCUUCCUCCCCUUCCUGCACUCUCUCGCCCUCAAAACAACCAUCACGGAACCCCACCACGAAGACUUGAGGACCCUUUUUGCCACAACCAUCACCGCCUACCACGACCGCUUCGUCGGUCCCACCCCUCCUAUCCCACCCAGCGAGCCCGACGUCGCCGACGGCAGCCGCCGGUGGGUGCGCCCGCCCGUCCGCUGCACCUGCGCAGCCAACUGCGCGCCGCUCAACGCCUUCCUGGCCGACGCGCGCCGCCACCGCAUCGAGUUUGCCGUCGGCCGGCAGCGGCGCGCGCACCUGCACCAGAUGCUGGACGCGACGCCGCGGACGGAGUGCACGCACAGGACUCUGCGCGGCGGCAGCCCGGAGGCGCUGGUCGUCACGAAGAUCGACUGGGACGCGGUGCACAAGCGGAAUGUGAGGGCCGCGUGGGAAGGGAGGCUGAAGUCUUUCGGUGGGUGGAUGGAGAAGCUGGUGGGUGCCGGGGUGGAUUUGAGGGCGGUGCUGGGGCUGGAGGAGUACGAGCGCGUCGUGGAACGGAGGGAGGAGGAGGCGCCCGAGGAGGGAGCGAAGGAUGGGCGAGCGGUGGCUGCGGCGGCCGGAGAGCUGAGGAAGCGGAAGGCUUCGGAGGCGUUGGUCCGCUCGUCGAGGUUACAGAAUGCUGAAGGGGCUGGGAGGGACGUGAGGCGGAGAGUUGCGGAGACUGUGGCUGUGGUAGACCUCACUGACGAUUGA